AUGGCAUCCAAUCUGUUCAGAUACCUGGCUGUCUUGGUUGGGGCUCUCCCUCUGGUCUUUUCUUCCAAGCCGGUACUGCAGCCUACACCACCUAUGGGUUACAACAAUUGGGCAGCUCUCAUGUGUGGUUUGAACGAAACCGUUUUUGUUGAGACCGCACAAUUAAUGAUCAAGUAUGGACUCCUGGAUGCAGGAUAUACUAGAAUUAAUCUGGAUGACUGUUGGAGCACGAUGUCCCGUGCUGCCAAUGGUUCCAUGGAAUGGGACACCCAAAAGUUCCCCCAUGGACUCCCUUGGCUCACAAAUUACCUCAAAGAGCUGGGCUUCAUUCCCGGGAUCUACACUGAUGCUGGAAAGUUGAGCUGUGGUGGAUAUCCAGGAGCCUUUGCAUACGAAGCUCAAGACGCUCAAACUUUCGCUGACUGGGGCUUUGAGUAUGUCAAGCUGGAUGGUUGCAACAUGCCCACAGGAACUGAAGCCGAGUACAAAUCAGUCUAUGGCCGUUGGCACGAUGUCCUAGAGGACAUCAGACAAGACACCGGCAAUCCAAUGAUAUUUUCCGAGUCGGCACCAGCCUACUUUGCCGAAGCUACCAGCCUCUCGGAAUGGUACAAAGUCAUGAACUGGGUACCUAAAUUUGGACAACUCGCUCGUCAUUCGCGAGACUCACUGGUCUUCAAUUCUACCCUGUACUGGCCAAAUAUCACGGGAUGGGACUCAAUCAUGUUCAACUACGGCCAGGAAGUGCGACUUGCUCGGUAUCAACGCCCGGGGUACUUCAAUGACCCAGAUUUCCUGAAUGUCGAUCAUUUCGACUACACUUUGGACGAGAGGAAAUCGCACUUUGCUCUGUGGUCGUCAUUUUCUGCACCUCUCAUCAUCAGUUCCUGGAUGCCGAACUUGAACUCCACCGAAAUCGAAUAUCUGGGUAACGCGGAAAUCAUAGCGGUUGACCAAGAUCCACUAGCCUUACAAGCCACGCUUGUCAGCCAAGAUGGAACUUGGGAUGUUUUGACGAAAGAUCUCGCAAAUGGAGACCGUCUGCUCACGGUUCUAAAUCGGGGAAACAAUACGGCAAGCCAUAGCGUCUCCUUCGUACGAAUAGGAAUUCCGGAUCUCAAAACGAUUCAUAUCAAGGACCUAUGGACUGGGGAGUCUACAAGCGCCUUCACACAAGUGACUGCACAUGACGUUCCCUCGCACGGAACAGCCAUCUUCAGACUUUCAGCUGCAAAGGGGCGGUGUGGUAGCAUACCAACAGGCAUGAUCUUCAAUACAUUCUCGCUCAACACUUUGACUGCUUCAUCUGAAGGAGUAAGUUGGGCGAAUUCAACUGCUGUAGAUGAGCAAGUCUGGCAAGCAAGAAGUGAUGGGACAAUCAGGACGAUUGCUGAUCCAUCAAGCUGCCUGACCGAUUCUAGUGGCGAGACGCUCAUGCUCGCAAGAUGCUCAAGAAGAGCAGCCCAGAAAUGGGACUACACCUAUUCUGGCAAUGUCCUGAGUCGGAUCUCAAGAAUGUGUCUCACUGAAGCUGAUGAUGGAACUGCGACACUAUCUACUUGUCUCGACCAAGUGAAUAGUCAGGUCAUUGCUCUACCCGGUGGAGUAAAAAUAAUUGGGAGCGACUGA